ACAUCGUGUUUCUCUGUGUUUUUUCAUUUCUCUUGAACCUUCCGGUUUCUUCUUCCUUUCCACCUUUUAAAUACUCCAAUUCACCAUCUCUGUCAUCACACAAAACAUCUAAAAUUAUUUCUUCAAAGUAGAUAAAAAAUACAGAGGAAGUGUGCGAAUAUGGAUUUCAGAUUGAUGGGUUUGGAUGCUCCAGUAUUGCAUGCUCUACACCAAAUGAUGGAUCUUUCAGACGACAAUUCUGUGGACAAGUCAUCACACAAUGCUCCGACACGGUCAUACGUUAGAGAUGCAAAGGCGAUGGCUGCAACUCCGGCGGACGUGAAGGAAAAUCCAAAUUCAUACGUGUUUGUUAUCGACAUGCCAGGGUUGAAAUCUGGUGAUAUAAAGGUUCAGGUGGAAGAUGAGAAUGUGCUUGUGAUAAGCGGUGAGAGGAAGAGGGAAGAAGAGAAAGAAGGUGCAAAGUAUUUGAGAAUGGAGAGAAGAGUUGGAAAAUUGAUGCGAAAGUUUGUUCUUCCUGAGAAUGCUAAUACAGAUGCUGUUUCGGCUGUGUGUCAAGAUGGGGUUCUCAGUGUUAAUGUUGAAAAAUUGCCUCCGCCUCAGCCUAAGAAACCUAGAACUAUUGAGGUUAAGAUUGCUUGAAAUUCAAACCUUGUUUUGAAUUAUACGAUGAUCUUUGGGGCAGAGGAGUACGAUGUGGUUUUCUUUAAGGUGUUUCUUUUUAUGGUUUGUUUUGGUAAUCAUCAGUAUUAACUUUGAUUUGUAGUGCAGUGGUUAUGUUUCUAUCAAUGGUUGUGGUUUUAUGAUAUAUUAUAUUUUUGUUUAUGCAA